AUGCCGGGCGCGGGCCGUCGCCCACACAACUUCGAUUCCGGCGAGCCCUGCGUACCUCCCGCCAGCGCGGUGCGCGCCGAUACGUUCGGUCCGGAAGCGCAGCAGGGUGCCGUCGAGACUGGGCUCGAGAAGGUGCUGACGCAUCUCACCGAAGACCACACCGAGCCGCUCGACAUCUCGCGGGCUCAGCAGAUCGAACAUGCUCUCGCCGCACUGCGGCUUACGUUGCGCCGGGCUUGCCGACGCCAGUUUGUCGGCACCCAAGUCCGCCAUCACAGCAUCGGCGAGCUCACUCAUGCGCAGUUGCCGCCCGGGCGCUUCGGCAGAGAGCGAACCAGCAGUUCGAAAUCGGUGAAGGAGAAAUGUCGGAGUCUCGCACCAACUGCUGAUCGAGAACUACGCUGGAGCAGUCGGGUCGAGUCCAGUCAACUACCUGUUCGAAGAGAAGGUUCAAACCGAGAGGCGGGCGCCAUGAGCGACAACAACGUAGUGCAAGUUCGACAACGCAGUGCAGUUCGAGGAACGCCGGGCCGAGAUCAGGAUCGACAUCUGCUCCCCGCCGACAAACGACCCGCAUCGACCGCACGCGGCCUGCACCAUACGGCCCUGAUCAGCAGUGACGUCAGAACGAACCGUGAAGUUCUACCAGGAUCUCCUCAGAUUCCCACUCACCGAGUUGACUCGAGAACCGUGACUAUCCCGGGUCGUCGCACUUCUUCUUCGACAUCGGCAAUAGGCAACCUUCUGGCCUUCUUCGACUUCCCGGAGCUCGACGUGGGCCCGUACCAAGAAGUACUCGGCGGCCUCCACCACAUCGCGAUCAGCGUCGAGACCUGCCAAGUGGGCGAAGCUGGCGCACCCCAACUGACCGUGGAGGCCGGCGUCAGAACUGAUCGAGCACUAGCGAGCAAUCACUACGACCCGAAGAACACUCACCACGGUCUUCUCCUGGUCAACAACGACGACAUCGUCACGCCCGGAAUGGGAUUCGACACCCACCCGCACCAGGACAUGGAGAGAUCGAUUCGAUGGGGCAUUCGGGCGUCAUCUGCCCCGGUGCUCGCCCAGCGGAUGAGCGCUGGAACGGGAAUCCUGCAUUCGGAGAAGAACGAUUCGUGGCGACUCGGUGACGUGGCGGGUGACGCAUUCCGACGCGACAGCACAGCGACCCGGUUCCACUUCAUCCAGAUGUGGGUCGUCCCCGACGAGGCCGGAAUCACGCCCGGAUACGAGCAGUUGGAGAUCGACGCCGAAUUGCUUGCCGGUGGACUGGUUCCCGUCGCGUCGGGCAUGAACGCGUACGCCGAUCACUACCGGCAAUCCGGAUCAAGAACAAGUACGCCGCGAUGCACGUUGCGCGUCUGCAACCCGGACAACCUG